AGUAUAUUGGCUGCGCUGGGUAUUUUGCGAUGUGUCAACUGGGACUAUUACGCCAAGACCGAUUUUGUGCCCGUAGACAAAGUGGUUAAUGCCAUGAUUGCCGUCGGCUGGGCUACUGGUAAUAAGAAAAGCUCGGAGAACCUAAAGGUAUACAACAUAACGUCAAGCAAUAUAAACCCGAUAACGUGGGGACAACUGUUUGAAUACGGCUAUGAGGGCGCACAGGAGGCGCCGUCCAUACGCGCGGUGCGGCCCAUAAUAAAGCCGCCCAAACAGUCGGGUCCGCAUCCGGUGAUCAAUCCGUUGAAAAUAUUUUUCUCCCACUGGAUGUUUGCCUACUUUCUCGAUUUAAUCAUUAUGAUUACUGGCAACAGAAGGAUUAUGGUACGCAUAACGAGCAAGAUGCACUACGCGCUGGACGUGAUGAACUACUUCACCCAGCACCAAUGGGCGUUCAAAUCUAGCAACAUGCUACAAUUGUACGGAUCGAUGUCGGUGGAAGAGCAAGGCAUGUUCAACUUUAACAUGUCGGACAUUGAUUGGCCACAAUUCGCCAAAGACUGUCAUUACGGCAAUCGGCGCCACCUG